CUAGGAUGUCUGACCGUAAUGGUCUUGGUCCUCACAAGCAUGUUUCUGGUCCAAAGUCCUUUUUACAAGUGGAGCAAGAGAUGGAAGUUGAAUUGGGAAGACCUCCUACUAUUGGAGAAGUGUUCAUCAGAACUCAUACCAAGAAGGAUGGGACAUUUGUUGAUAGGAAGGCGCAGGAAAUCCAUGAGGCAUAUCUCAAGAACAAGGCAGCUAAGUUGGCUGCCCUGCAAGAGAAUGAUGAACAGGAUGAUGGUAAUUCGCGUCAGUCUGAGCUGUCUCAGGAGGAGGAUGAUGAGAUAUUUCUUCAGGUAGUAGUCUUGUCUUUUGCUCUGUAGUCUACUUUUAUCUGUUAAGCACUAAUGUUUUUACUUUGUUUUGCAGUCUACUGUCACAAAUGAUAGAGGGGAUUACUUUGGAAUUGGCAGCUUAGGGGUUUACAUCAACGGGAAGCGCAAGUACGCAGGAAGCAGUUCUUCUUUCACAACCCUGCAGUCACAGCUUGAGGAUGCUAACCGCAAGAUAGAGGAACAAGCAGCUCUACAAGCAGCACGUGAAGCAGAGGCAUUGCGGGUCGCAGCAUCACAAGCAGCUGAGAUCAAGCAUUUGUCGAUGGUGAAGAAGUACCUGAGUGAAACUGACCCUAAUUUCCUGGCCUUCCUCAAUUCCCAAUCAACUCCUGCUGCGGAUGAUCAUUCAGAGGUCCAACCAAAUCCAACU